AUGACUCCGACUUGGCAAGUCAAGCGGCGUCGUGAGAAUGCUGCACCCCCAGGACUCGGGGAUCACGCCAAGGGGUCGGAUGACGCGAGGGUUACCCUUGAUAUGCAUCACAUGGAAGCCUUGCUUGCGGCCCAGGCUAGCCAGAUUGUGAAUGCUAACCAGGCUCAGAUCCAGUCCCUGUUUACUUCCCUGGAAACCAAGUAUGAUCAGAAGUUUGCUGACGCUGGCCUACGCUUUGACAAUGUGGAAGAGCGUGUUGCUGGAGUGGAGAGCAAACUGGCUCGUAUCGAGGACAUGAUCAGUAAGGGUCGUGGGAUGCUCGGACCAGGGGAGGGUGAUGAAUCCCGUCGUCGCCUCACCUUGGUGUUUGGAGGCUGGAGACAAGACACCCCAAAGAAAGUAAUCCUGGGUGAAGUGGAGGAGGCCCUUCGUAGGCUACAGCUACUUGGCUCAACGGACUCAGCUGCCUUCACGACCGGUCCCCGUCGGUCAGUCGCACUCAUGGCUUUCAGACAGAGGACAGGGGAGGAUUUCGGGGAUACACGCCGCCGAAUGCUUGGGAUUGUGACCAGCCUGGCAGAAGCAGCUCCCAUGACAUCGCACAACAAAAAGAUGUGGUGCAGCUUUUCGAGGACGAAAGCUGAAAGGGAUGUCAGUGGGCAUGCCUCUUGGCUGAAAAGGGCCGUGGGGCUGAUCGACAAAAGCUUGGUCUCGAACCUUGAUGUCGAGUUUUCAACCGGCACGGUGUGGUGUGGUGAAUCCAUGGUGGCAAGUGCUACUAAGUCUCCUCCCAGCGGGGUUCCGGAUGCCGACGUGAUGUGGGACGAGGGCUUGGUGGCCAGGCCUUGGAUCUGGGUGCCGGCCCUUGCUAGGGAGCUUGGCCGGGACGAGAGCCACCUCCGUCAAGCCAUUGAGGAGACCAAGCGCUGA